AUGACGCCUCCUCCGCCCGGACGGGCCGCCCCCAGCGCUCCGCGAGCCCGCGCCGCGGCGCCGCCGGCCCCGGGCGGGCACCCGCUGCGGCUGCUGCUGCUGCUCUGGGCGGCCGCCGCCUCCGCCCAAGGCCACCCGAGGAGCGGACCCCGCAUCGCCGCCGUCUGGAGAGGCCGGACGGGGCAGGACAGAGUGGACUUCGGCCAGGCUGAGCCGCACACGGUGCUCUUCCAUGAGCCGGGCAGCCCCUCGGUGUGGGUGGGCGGACGCGGCAAAGUCUACCGCAUCGACUUCCGGGAGGGCAAGGACGCCUCCGUGCACAUGGUGAACAUCAGCUCCUCAAGGACGUCCUGUCUGGACAAGAGGGACUGCGAGAACUACGUCACGCUGCUGGAGCGGCGAGGAGAGGCGCUGCUGGUGUGCGGCACCAACGCGCGGCGCCCCAGCUGCUGGAACCUGGCGAACAGUUCAGUGGUGCCGCUGGGCGAGAUGAGAGGCUACGCCCCGUUCAGUCCCGAUGAGAACUCCCUGGUUCUGUUUGAAGGGGACGAGGUGUACUCCACGAUCCGGAAGCAGGAGUACAACGGGAAGAUCCCGCGGUUCCGCCGCAUCAGGGGGGAGAGCGAGCUGUACACCAGCGACACCGUCAUGCAGAACCCGCAGUUCAUCAAAGCCACCGUCGUGCACCAGGACCAGGCCUACGACGACAAGAUCUACUACUUCUUCCGGGAGGACAACCCCGACAAGAACCCCGAGGCCCCGCUCAAUGUGUCCCGCGUGGCCCAGCUGUGCAGGGGCGACCAGGGCGGCGAGAGCUCGCUGUCCGUCUCCAAGUGGAACACCUUCCUGAAGGCCAUGCUGGUGUGCAGCGACGCCGCCACCAACAAGAACUUCAACCGGCUGCAGGACGUCUUCCUGCUGCCCGACCCCAGUGGCCAGUGGAGGGACACCAGGGUCUACGGGGUUUUCUCCAACCCCUGGAACUACUCGGCCGUCUGUGUGUACUCCCUCGGUGACAUCGACAGGGUCUUCCGCACCUCGUCGCUCAAGGGCUACCACGGGAACCUCCCCAACCCUCGGCCAGGCAAGUGCCUCCCCAGCCAGCAGCCGAUCCCCACGGAGACCUUCCAGGUGGCUGACAGUCACCCCGAGGUGGCGCAGAGGGUGGAGCCCGUGGGGCCUCUGAAGACGCCGCUCUUCCACUCCAAGUACCACUACCAGAAGGUGGUCGUGCACCGCAUGCAGGCCAGCCACGGGGAGACCUUCCACGUGCUGUACCUGACCACAGACAAGGGCACCAUCCACAAGGUGGUGGAGUCGGGGGAGGGGGCCCACAGCCUCGUCUUCAACAUCAUGGAGAUCCAGCCCUUCCGCCGAGCGGCCGCCAUCCAGGCCCUGUCGCUGGACGCUGACCGGCGGAAGCUGUACGUGACCUCCCAGUGGGAGGUGAGCCAGGUGCCGCUGGACCUGUGUGAGGCCUACAGCGGGGGCUGCCACGGCUGCCUCAUGUCCCGAGACCCCUACUGCGGCUGGGACCAGGGCCGCUGCGUCUCCAUCUACAGCUCCCAGCGGGCAGUGCUGCAGUCCAUCAACCCUGCUGAGCCGCACAAGGAGUGUCCCAACCCCAAGCCGGAUGAGGCCCCGCUGCAAAAGGUGUCCCUGGCCCGGAACUCCCGCUACUACCUGAGCUGCCCCAUGGAGUCCCGCCAUGCCACCUACUCGUGGCGCCACGAGGAGAGCGUGGAGCAGAGCUGCGAGCCGGGCCACCAGAGCCCCAGCUGCAUCCUGUUCAUCGAGAACCUCACGGCCCGCCAGUACGGCCACUACCGCUGCGAGGCCCAGGAGGGCUCCUACCUGCGCGAGGCCCAGCACUGGGAGCUGCUGCCCGAGGACCGCGCCCUGGCCGAGCACCUGAUGGGCCGCACCUGCGCCCUGGCCGCCUCCCUCUGGCUGGGGGUCCUGCCCACGCUGGCGCUCGGCCUGCUGGUCCACUAGGGACCCCCAACCCCCCCCAGGGGCUGCCCAUGCCCCAGGCUUCCGACGCCCCAGGGCUUCUCCAAAAAUCUCCUCAGAGCCGGCUGGCCCGGGAGCCCCUCCUCUGCUGCUGCCUCCCCGGGUCGGAGGAGCCCCCGGGGGACGUCCAGCCCAGCCGCGGGCGGCUGCGGGGCCCCGGGAGGGGCAGUGACCGACCGUGAGGCCGCAGCACCGGGGAUGUCCCAAGACUUAGACUUCGGGAGAACCUGUUUCCAGAAGCUCCUGCUUGGACUUGACUCAGGGCAGCGAUGCCCACCCGCAGGGGUCAGGAGAGGGCAGCUGGGCCUCGGGGCUGAGGUCCGGGGCCUUGUGGCCUCCCUUUCUCCACUGCCUGCUUCCCCUGGGCGGCCGGCAUCCUGCAGACCGGGCCCCCUCGCGCGGCCCUGGGUCCCGCCGGACGGCCGCCUUGCAUGUGUAUGGAGGAUGUUUGCUUUCCGGGCAGAAGGACGGGAAAAGCUCUAUUUUUAUGUUCGACUUAUUUCAUGUAUAGCUACUUCCGACUGCAUCCGUAUGAAAAUACCAAA